CAAAAUACCCAAGUUGCUCACCAAGCAUAUGUUUCAACUUAGAACUUAGAAGGUAAAGCAAAUAGUGCAAGGUGUGAGUGUUAAAGCAUCAUCAUGUCUGGUACCGAAAUCCCCCAAGUGGUGCUUAAAUCCUCCUCCAACAAAUGCAGCAUGCCAGUGAUAGCACUGGGAACUGCAGCAGAUACUAACAGAAGCAGUGGAGAAACCACCAAAGUGGCAGUAAUAGAAGCCAUCAAACUUGGCUACAGGCACUUUGACACUGCAUCAAUCUAUGGAUCUGAAGAGGCCUUGGGAGAAGCCAUAUCUGAAGCUCUUCAUCUUGGUCUCAUAAAGUCCAGAGAGGAGCUCUUCAUCACCACAAAGCUUUGGCUCACAGACAAUUUUCCUCAUCUUGUUCUUCCUGCUCUACAGAAAUCACUUCAGAGGCUGAAAUUAGAAUAUUUGGACCUUUAUUUGAUCCAUUGGCCCAUCAGUGUGAAGCCUGGAGAUUGGGAAAUUCCAUACACUGAAGAGUUAAUAACUACAUUUGACUUAAAGGGUGUGUGGAUAGCAAUGGAAGAAUGCCACAAACUAGGCCUUGCAAAAUCUAUAGGAGUUAGCAACUUCACUUGCAAGAAACUUGAAGAUCUACUCUCAUUUGCUACCAUUCCUCCUUCUGUUAAUCAAGUGGAGAUGAAUCCUGCUUGGCAUCAGAAGAAGCUAAAAGAAUUCUGUGAUGCAAAGGGUAUAAUCAUAACUGCAUUUUCUCCUCUGGGAGCUAAAGGGGCUAGUUGGGGUUCCAAUGUAGUCAUGGACAGUGAAAUACUCAAGGAAAUUGCAGAGGCCCAUGGCCGAACUAUUGCUCAGGUAUGUCUUAGAUGGUUGUAUGAACAAGGCGUAACUAUCGCUGUGAAGAGUUACAACAAGGAGAGAAUGAAGCAAAACUUAAAAAUAUUUGAUUGGUCACUUACAAGAGAUGACCAUGAAAAGAUUAAUCAAAUUAAUCAAGUUCGUGUCAACAAUGGACCAGUUGUAUUUGUUGCUAACCUUUGGGACGGGGAAACUUAGGUUAUUUGAUAUUUGGUUCAAUAAGUUGUUAUCUUCUCAACAGGUUAUUAGUGUUUCAAUUUUGUUAUAUAUUAGUGUUUCAAUUUUGUUAUAUUAGUGACUUGGUGUUGGGGUACAAUGAUGCACAAUAGCCUUCAAAAGAUCUUGGAAACUGGAAUAAGUGGAGACAAUUAUAGUUCACAACCAACUUUCUUUGUAUAUUUUUUUUUUUCCUUUUGCUAUGGUUAUCUUUGUAGUUUGUAUAACAAAUAUUUGUGCUUAUGCUUAUCUAUAUAUCCUCUUCGAUCCUAAA